CAAAAGAUGGCGUUCACGUUUGCGGCUUUCUGCUACAUAGUGGCUUUAAUAUUGACUGCAUUUCUCAUUUUCUUUGCAGUAUUCCAUGUGAUCGCUUUCGAUGAACUGAAGUCUGACUACAAGAAUCCGAUAGACCAGUGUAACAGCUUGAAUCCGCUGGUGUUGCCCGAGUAUAUCCUCCACUUUUUCUACACGUUGUUGUUCCUCUUCGCCCUGGAAUGGUUCACGGUGAUCCUCAACCUCCCCCUCAUAGGAUAUCACAUUCACAGGUACCGUACCAGGCCGGUGAUGAGCAGGCCUGGGCUCUACGACCCCACGAGCAUCAUGAAUGCGGACCAGCUCUCCAGGGCCAUGAAGGAGGGAUGGAUCAAGCUGGGCUUCUACAUCAUCUCCUUCUUCUACUACCUAUACGGGUCAACAAGAAGAAAUCAGAUGGAGCAAGAUCCGGAGGACGGCGAGAAGAAACCGCCGGCGAAGAAGAAUGCCCGGGCCAUCCUGGAGAGCGUGUGCAGCGACUUCGAGAACAUCGACCUCCCGUGCCCGAAGCAGAAGGCCAAGUCCAGGCCCCGUUCGGACUUCAUCCAGUUCGGACGUCCCGCGGAGGUGACGGUCGAGCCGAUCCGGGACGAGGGGGCGGCGGUUGAGCCGGUGCUGACCCUGGACGAGGCGUCGCGACUGGUGUCGGGACUGUUCGCGGGCGGCGGGGGCGGCGAGGUGGUGUCGUCCUCCGUGGCGGAGCUGGCGGACGCCGAGAUCGUGCAGACGGGGGAGGAUUGCGUGUCGAUCAUCAUCACGAACCCCCGCUUCGUGGAGGUGAUGACCGGGGGGCCGGAGGCGCAAUCGUCGGCGGAGACCAUCAUCGACCUCCCGAGGGGGAGCCUGGAGGAGGAGCCGGCGGUCACCCUGCCCGAGCCGAGGAGGCCGGCCUUCGACAAGCCGGUCGUGUACCGGCCCGACUCCAACCCCAAGGCCAGACGAAUCACGGCCAAGAUGAGGAACCUGUGGGCCGAAGAACUGGAGGCCAAAGGUCAGCUGACUUGCCCCCUUCCUGGAUGCCUACAGACUUUUGAAACGAUGACCAACUUCAGGACUCACUACAAGUUCUGUGCAGGGGUGAGUGCUCCCUCUGUUAAGCCUUGCAUUAAGUUCAUAUUCUAG